UUGCGGUGGAGGUGGUGGUGGUGGCUGCGGUGGUGGAGGCGGUGGCUCUUGAGAUGUCCUUCGUCUUGUGCUCAUUAUGCUUGCGUUUCAUAUUGUUAUCUUCCGCCUGUCACCUAUUUCAGAUGCUCAAUACCCUCGAAUGUUUGUUUGGUUCCAUUCAAAAACGUCCUCCAUCACUCUACUUCAAGAUUGAUCACUCGUUCGGAAGGCCGGGCAUGGCAGUCCUUGCAGUCAGUUGUACAGUCCGAUCAAAUAGUGACGUCUUCGGGAAAAAUGCCUCAGUGCAUGGCGGCGAACAGUCUCCUGAAUUUGAGCGGUCAUUCGUUUUCUCAGGUCGUACUUAACCAUAAUACAGCCAUGCUGGGCCUUGUGUAAGUCGAG